AUGGACUCACUCGCACCUGAUAACAAUGGCGAAGACAGGCUGGUCUUCUGUCAUUUCAUAGUUGGCGUUGUCAGCAACCGCCAAAAGGCCAGCGACUAUGAUGCUGACAUGCAAAGAGCCAAAAAGUAUGGGAUUGAUGCCUUUGCCUUGAACAUCGGCACAGACUCCUACACCGACACGCAGCUAUAUUUCGCCUACGAGUCUGCCGCUAAUAAUGGCAUGAAGGUGUUUAUCUCGUUCGACUUUAAUUGGUGGCAGAUCAGCCAAGCCAACGAGGUCGGAGCCAAGGUCCGCCAGUUUGCAGAUCACCCUGCGCAGCUAAUGAUUGACGGUAAGGUGCUUGUAUCAUCCUUCUGUGGCAGUGGUGUCGACCCCGGUGCAAUUCAAAGUGCUGCUGGCUGCGAUCUCUUCUUUGCGCCAAACUUCCAUCCUGGUUGUGGUGAUUUCGAUAAUAUCCAAGGCGCCCUGAACUGGAUGGCGUGGGACAGUAAUGGUUGCAAUAAGGCCCCAAGUGCAGGGCAGAAGGUAGCCGUAACCGAUGGUGAUGAUGCUUAUAGACAUGCCCUUGGUGGGAAGCCAUAUAUUGCGCCCAUCUCUCCUUGGUUCUUUACACACUUCGGUGCAGAGGUUCCCUACAGUAAGAACUGGGUGUUUCCUUCUGACCUUCUCUGGUACCACCGAUGGAGGCAAGUCCUGGCUUUGGGGCCACGCUUCGUGGAAAUCAUUACCUGGAACGACUUUGGCGAGUCACACUAUGUUGGGCCUCUGUCGUCGCCCCACACAGAUGAUGGUUCAUCCAAGUGGGCGAUAGACAUGCCACACAACGGUUGGCUGGACAUGGCUAAACCCUUCAUCGCAGCCUAUAAAGCGGGCGUGCAGGAUCCAAACGACUUUAUUCACGAAGAAAGGCUAGUCUACUGGUACCGCCCAACGCCUAAAUGGGUCGACUGCGACGCAACCGACACAACAAUGCAGGACAAUGCCAACAUUACAAGCGGGGAUUUCUUCCGUGGGAGGCCACACGGUUCAGACACAAUGGAGGACAGUGUGUUUCUUGUCACGCUGCUGAAGGAGCCCGCAGAAGUGGAGGUAUGGUCCGGCUCGAACGCGCGCACGUUCCAAGCACCGGCGGGUGCACACGAAUGGUCCGUACCUAUGGGCGUGGGUGUGCAGUCAUUCCAGGUUCGUCGGGAGGGAAACAUUGUCGAGGCUCUCUCUGGGCUUAGUCUGCGAGAUAUCGUCGACAAAUGUCCAUAUGGUAUUUACAAUUUCAAUGCCUACGUUGGCACGCUGCCGGCGGAGCCGGAGAUUGACCAGUUGCAACCAGAGGGAAUGGUCCUGCUCUCGCAGGGACUGCGGACCGCUUGUCCGUCUAACCCGUCGCCUUGUGAAGGAGGUGUGGAACCGAUAGCUGCGCCCUCGCGCACGCACACGCGGACAUCCUCGCCAGCGCCAGAAUCAGCCAGUUGCUGCACUAUCCUUUAA